AAACUGAAGAAACAUGGCGGAGAUCGGACAUUUUCCGACGAGCCUUUAAACUUUCGGUCGCAAAAAUACCCGAAAAUCGCACAAUAUAAUAAUGUAAAGUUAAAUAAUUAGUAGUGCCGAUAGUGACAAGUGUUAAUUAAAUUUUGUUUAGAAAUAAAUUUUGUAAGUUGUGUCUAAAUACGACUACAUCAAUUUUUGGGUGGAUUUUAAAUUUAUAGAAACUGAUUCAAAAUGGUGGUAGGGGAAGGAAUAAACAACAUAAUGGGGGGAAUAGAAAACACAGGGACUGUAAAACAACACAAUCACAAAAAGAAACUUCGGCAAAGGUUUGAUAUAAUAAAGAAACUAGGUCAAGGAACUUUUGGUAAAGUGCAGCUAGGUAUAAAUAAAGAGACUGGCCAAGAGGUUGCUAUUAAAACCAUAAAAAAAUCAAAAAUAGAAUCAGAAGCUGACUUAGUUAGAAUUAGAAGAGAGAUUCAAAUUAUGUCUUCAGUACAACAUCCUAAUAUAAUUCACAUAUAUGAAGUCUUUGAAAAUAGGGAGAAAAUGGUUCUAGUCAUGGAAUAUGCCGCUGGCGGUGAAUUAUACGAUUAUUUAUCGGACCGUAAGGUGCUAGAUGAAGACGAAGCCAGAAGAAUAUUUAGACAAAUAGCGACUGCUUGUUACUACUGCCACAAACACAAGAUUUGUCAUCGAGAUCUCAAGUUGGAAAACAUUUUACUCGACGAAAACAAUAAUGCCAAGAUUGCAGAUUUUGGUUUGUCUAACGUUUUUGACGAUCAAAGACUUUUGAAUACUUUCUGUGGUUCACCUUUAUAUGCUUCUCCUGAAAUAGUCAAGGGAACUCCCUACCAUGGUCCCGAAGUCGAUUGUUGGUCACUUGGAGUACUACUCUAUACUUUGGUGUAUGGAGCUAUGCCCUUCGAUGGUAGUAACUUCAAAAGACUGGUUAAACAGAUAUCGCAAGGAGAUUAUUUUGAACCCACCAAACCUAGCCCUGCAUCUCCAUUGAUACGUGAGAUGUUAACGGUAAACCCAAAACACCGUGCCGAUGUGGAAAAAAUCUGUAGUCACUGGUGGGUAAAUGAAGGUUAUAAUGAAAAUUGUCUGGACAUCUCCGAAGAAUUAGCUAACCAAACUCCAGUCCGCUUGGAUGUUUUGUUAGCAUUAGCUCCCCCUCCACCUCAACUGGAAAGCGAUAAACUCAUGUUAACAGGAGACGAAAACACCCCACCGAAGGCAGCAGAACCUGUUGCACCAACGAGAUCUCAGUCUGUUGGUAGUUUGAUGGAACUUACGCAUCCAGCAGAAAGAAGGAUAAUAGACAUGCUAAUGGAAGAUAAGAUUACACCUAAGAGGAAAUUAGAAACAACCGUCAGUACUGAUAGGGCAAAUUUGGACAAGCGGAAAGAAAAGAUUAUUAAAGAAAAUACAGUUGCAGAUAUUACGGUACACGGAGCACACAAAGAAAUCGAAGAGUCAGAAGAAAACAAACCAUUACCUUUAGACAAAAGUUCAACUCAAACGCUAUCAAAAGAAAUGGAAGUGGAACAAGAAGUAAUUGACCCUAAUCUGCAAGGAGCAGCAUGCGCACAAAUUUUAGAGGAAGCAGAGAAAAAGAAAACUCAGAAGCUUAAAAAAUCAUUAACAAAAACUAUUAGCAAUAAUAUUUUGGAGAAUAUCCACGAAAUGCCUAGUCAAGAAAACGUAGCUGAUACGUUAAAUAAGGAAAACGUGGUAGAAAGUCCAAAAGAGGAAGUUAAAGAACAAGAACCGCCAAAGGCGGAGGUCAAAAAGACUGAAACUAAAGCUCCUGCAAAGAAGAAAACUGUGAAAAAAGUUUUGACGGAUAAAAAUGAAAACGCUAAUGUUGAAGCUCCAGUUGUUGAACCGGAAAAACCGAAAAAAGAAGAAACUCCUCCAAAAGAAACGAAAGAACCUUCACCUGAACAACCAUCCAAACCAAUAGAACGACGAAGAUCGAGAAUAUUUGAAGCCGCAGAGAAAUUCCAGAAUCUCAUCUCUCCAACGGAAGCAAAACCUACAGUUACCGAAAAACCAAAGAAAAUACUUAUACCUGGUGUUAGCGUCGAUGGUUUCAAAAAGGAAUUUGAAAGAAAAGCGAGCUUGACUUCGAGUACUCCCAUUAAAGUUAAAGGUGCCUUAAAUAAAAAAAUCCCUGUUAAAAAGUCUGAAGAAAAAGAACAAAUAGAAGAACCGGUAGUAGAAAAACCUCAAGAAGAGCCAAAAGAGACUGAAGAAGAGAAAAAGGAGCGUGUUCGUAACGCUGUUAGUAUUAUCUCAAGUGCCUUAGAUAAAGAAGGAGCAAGAAAAUCAAAAUCUCGACCUUGCAUAGAAAGAAAACCUCCCGUACCUUUCGGAGUUGGCGGCAGAUCGGCAUCUGGUAACAUUGGUAUGCUGACUCAACCUCUUUCACCACCACCAGGACCAAAACCUUAUGUGCCACCUAAGUUAGACAACUUGCCAGUCCAAAAAGUAGAAGACAAACCACAGGACGUCGAAGAAAAUAAAGUAUCUUCUGCCGAAAUUACAUUAAAAUCUGCUACUUUGCCCAGGAGAAAGACUGCCAAAGCUGAGAUACAAUUGAACUACCCUGUGCCUACCGCAAUGGGAUUCAAGACUGAAAUGGCUCACAACGUUGAAGGUUACAAUCCACAACGAACAGAGGUCAUAGUUCCUGUUACCGAAGUAACUCUACCAAGGCCAAAACAAGACAACUCUUCAAGAGAGAGGAUAAUACCCAUAGCGUUCGAAAAACAAGAGAGCCAAGAACCGAUUCAUUCGCCUCCUCCUAUAAAACCUCCUGCUGCGAGAGUUUUCCAAACCCAACGGUCCAAUAGUUCUCAAAAAUCGAAUCUGUCUCGGCAAUCGACUCAAGAUUCAGACACAGAGACUGUAGCUUCUUCUGGUGAACCUAUAAGGAAGUCUCCUAGAGAAUACAUUAUUCCAAUUGCUGUAGAAGGUGGCGGAUACGUUACACCUAGAGCGGGAAGUCUAGAACCCAGUGAUACAUCUAGUACUACUAGUACGAUGACAAAUAAGAGGAAGAGCAAGUUUGGAAAAGGAACCAGAAGACUCAAUUCAUUCUUUGGUGAUAGAGACUCUGAAGAUGAAUCUUCACCGUUUUCUGCGUUUCAUCAUCCAAAAGAUAGUGAUAAUGAAGAUUCUAGGAGGGAUGCUUUCCACAGGCUAAGAACCACUCGUACUAAGAAGGCAAAUAUGGAACACGCAGAUUCUGUUAGCUCUGGAGACGAGGACGACGAUGAAGCUUUUGAGAUAUUAACAGCAGAGAACCUAUUCUCCACGCUUCUUUCUAGGGUCAGGGAUUUAACUCAAAGGUUAAAUGUAGAUGAAGGAAUGAGACCUGGUUUUCCAUCUAGCAGAUUGUUUAGCCACUUUGAUCAUGGAACGAAUUUCUUUAAUAGAAUAGAGCAUCCUUUAUCUAGGCAUUCAUCUUUAGGUAGAACGUUUAAUAGAGAAAGACCCAUUACUAAAACAACGAUGGGUAGUAGCUUUGGAGUACCAUGGAGGCGAAGCGUUAGCCGUGACCUAGCCUCCGAUAUAGACAGCGUGUUCCAAGGCUCCAAUGCAGCACCUUCACCUCGUCCUACUGAUGAAUCGAAGGACGAAAACCUCAAUUUAGCAGAUCUAGAUUUAAAAAAAUUAAAACUGUCCGAUGAAGACGCUUUGGCACUAUCAUUUCUAACGCCCGGCCUUUCAAAACGUAUCCAAAAGCAGCUGCUUGCCCAACUAGCUCCGUCUGAGGCUCGAAAAUUGCACAGAACAAUGUCUUCAUGCACGUCGGAAGAAAACAAAAAUAGUCUAAAUGGUAGAUCCACUCUACCCAGGAGAUACUCCGUUGAAAAUAACGCAUUAAGAGAAAACGUAGACGCUAUUAAAGAAACAAAAGUACAGCGGUCUUUCCUUCCCGUUAAAAGAGAUGAGUAUAGACCUUCAGAAUUUAGUAUUAGAUCAUCUAGCAUAGGUGCUGAGCCUAGAUGCGAUAAUAGAUUCCUUAGAAAACCUAGAGUAACCAACUCUGCAUCUUUACGGGAACCUAGAAUGUACGGCUCGAAGAGUGAUCUACAAAGCCCAGAUUCCAGUAUCUCAGAAAGUAUUUCUACUUCUUACAAAAAUGACAGUUCAAAGUGUAUCUCGGAUUCGUCAGUGUCUAGACCUUACUCGAAAUAUUCUUCAGAAUCUUUGUAUAGUAGAUAUUCACCGAAUAAAUCCUUGGAAGCCAUGGAUUCUAAGACUGAUUUACAAAAACCGUCCUCUUCUAAGAAGAUUUCUAGAUUUUUAAGGCCAGAUUUCUUCGAUGGACCCAAAGAUGAAAAUAUUUAUCUAAGAGACAAAAAGGAGCGUGAAAUGGAGACACAGAAAGUCCUGAAAGAGAUCAGAGAUAAAAGGAAAGGUAGAUUAUAUUCAAAGAGGGAAGGUUCGAUCACGAAAGAUAAAUCUGAAGACGAGUCUGUUAGAGAGACUGAUAACAUAUUAGAUAAGGUAUCUGAUAGUAUUAAAAAUUUGGAAAAUGCUAACAAUAAUAAUAUUAUUCACGAUUAUGUUAAUGUUACCGGUGCUACUCCAAACUGUGAUUUAUUAAAUGAUAAUGGAACUGACAAAACAGAUAAUGAUAAAAUUGUACAUGACUACGUUAAUGUUAAGACAUCUAAGACACCUUUAAAAAAAGAUAAGCCGUCUAGAAUUGCAAGACCCAAGAGUUUUCCUAUAGAAAAUAUUGUAAAAGAAAGCACUAAGGAAACGGUUACAAAAAACAACACUAAAGAAAACGGUAAAGAAAAUGGUAAAGAAAAAGCUUCUCCUGAAAAGGAAUCAAAAUUAAGCCGGUUAAGAAAGGGUUUCAGCAAAAAAGAAAAAACAAAAGAAGACAAAAAUGAGACCAAUAAAAGUAUAAACGAAGAAGAUAAAGUACAGAAAAACAAAUUAUUGCUUUCUUUGGAGAAGAAAUUCGAAAAGUUUAGAGCCUCUAAAGAUUCCCAAGUUGCACCAGAAAAAAAAUCUGCAGUUGAAAGUACUAUCAAAAGAUUGCGUGAACAGAGUUUACCUCGAAAUUUAGAACAUUGCACUGAAUCAGGUUUGAUAAAGAGAGCUGUAUCAGUUGAAGAUUUAUCUGGUAGUAAACCUUUGCAAGCUUCAAGAAAAUCUGUCACAAAAAUCUUGGGACUCUUUAAAAAAUAUGAGGAACAAGAAAAGAAAAAGACAGUAAAGAAACAAAAAAAUAAAAACGACAAAAAAGAUACUGAAAAUCAUAAAGACACUGUGAUUAAUAACGAUCAAACUCAAAACGUCAAUUCAAAUAGUGAUACUAGUCAAGUUGACAGUAAAAAGGAACGGCCUAAAUCUCUUUUAAUUGACAAAAUGAAACAGUUCCAGAACGGUACCACUAAUAAAGAAACUAAACCAAAGUCUAAACUUCCCGUUAAUUCUUACAGGCGUAGCUUAAAUUUGGAUAAUAUGUCUGACGCCAUUAACAAUAACAGUAACAGUAACGUCGAAAAACCUGACAGAAGAAACCUAAAGCUCGAUUUUACCAAAAUACAAAGUAGAAGUGAACCCGUUGUGAUCAAAGAACCUGUUCCUAGUACCAGCACACACGAUGACAAUUUCAACGAGAAUAGAAACUCUCUAGCGAUGACAGAUGAUAGUUCGACUGUACUAUCACCUUCUGAUGACUACCAGAGCUGUGAUUCAUGGUCGGUAAUGUCAGAAUAUCCGAAUCUUAACGAGUUACAUUCACCUAUAUCUCCUAAUGGAUAUUUGUAUUCAGGAGACGAGAAUGAGUCUGUGAUCGAUAGAAUUAGAAGGAAGAGUUUCUACACUAGGUUCAACGAGAAGAAGAAAAUGAGAAAACCAAAUAAUUAUAAUUUAGAUUAUGGAUAUAAAAGUCCUACGGAUUAUAGUUCCCUAGAUAGGAAGAAUUAUGACUACAGAUCAUCUUCUAUUACUCGUAGGCCUAGUUAUAUUGCCACUGCUCAAGAACCAUCUAGAACAUAUAGACCUUAUUCUAGGAGCUCCUCGUUGUUAAAUGAUUACGUCAAUGUGCCCAAUCGCUACCAGACUUAUAGUUCCAAAAUUGGUAGACCUAUUUCCUCAAUGUAUUCCGAUUCUGAAGAUAAUACCAUUGAUGAUUUGUUGACAACUGCUAAACCUAGAAAUUACAGUUUAUCUACACCUCCAUCCAGGUUGAGUCGAAGGUCUGUUUCACCCGGUAAUGAAUACUUUCUUGGUCACACGUCUUCCUCAUUAGUCCCGCCAAAUAUGCCAGACCCGAACUGAGUUCACAUGGAGAACUUCACCUAAAAAAUUAUAUUUCUAGUUUGGUUUAUACAAAUUUCCAGAAAAAAUUGCUGUCCUUGCCAAUUGAAAAUACUUUUUGGAUGUAUUUUAUGUAGAUCAAGUCAGGGACAUUAUUGUUUGAUGUAUUUUUCUCUAAGGAAUUUCACUAUACCAUUUGGUACUCUUUUUAUUUUGCAAUAUUCCCUUUUAGUACUGCACUUUAUUUUGCAUUGGUAUUUUGCUGACAUUCAAUGUUUAAAGACGAUUUGUUGAUAUUUAUUAUUGUUUGAUUACAUUGAUUAUAUUGUUAACACUACCAAUGCUUUUUAGUACCUAGCUUAUAGGUACUUCUAUAAGCGUAUACAUGGAAGUUAAAAAGAAUUGAAGCCGCCAAUUAUUACUUCUGGUUUUACUGAAGUAUUUAUUCAUUAUUUGCAUACAUUGAUUUGUAGCUGAAGCUACGAACUCAUCAUCUUUUAUUUUAUAGUCAAACUCCUUAUGAUUUUAGCUACCAGUCACCUCCCCACAAUUUGGAUACGAUUUUUAUGAUAUAAAUGAGGUUGAAGAAAGUAUCUACAAAGUAAAUUAUAAAGAAUUGGCCAAAUUCUAACUGUAUAUUCAGAAGGCAAAAAUAAUAUUUUGCUAACAAUUAUGAAUUUAACAUUUAUUAUUUUGGAGUUUGUCAUUCAUAUUAUUUACAUAAGGUAAAUAUAAUUAUUGAUCUAAUAAUAAAAUAAAUUUUACAAACAACGAUUUUACACAACUGUUAUACUGUUUCUAACUUACAUAGAGACAUGAUAAUAAAGGUUUUUUAUGAAAUUCAAACAAAUAUACCUUUUUACAAAAAUGCUUAGCUUUUAAAAUCUUAGGGCGCAACUUAACGAGCGAAAAAAAAGUUGCCACUUAUUUCUUCUGUUUAAUAUGGCUUAUGUGGUGCCAUCUACAAGUGAACUCAAAUCUAAUAAUGUAUUCUUAUUUAUUUUAUUAAAAAAUAGCUAUAUUCUAAUCUCCAGGCGAAUUAUUUCUGGCUUCUGAACAUAUAACUAGCUAAAAUUUGGCUAAUUUUUUCUGACUAUUUCUAUGUAUGGUAGCUGGGACGCUUCCCAUUUAAAUUCACCAAAUAUCACACACCGUAUUGGUAUGUGACAUCUUUGAUUGAAUAGUUUUUGUAAAUUAAAUACUAUAAAAUUAUAGUGAAGGCUAGAUGCGCAAACUAUGAUGUUUCUGACGUUUUAGAGGUUAUAUUGUAUUAAUUUUUCUUUAAAACCAUAUAAUUAUAAGGCAGAGUUGCGUAAAACACAGAUGUAGCAAUUUUUUAGAUCGUUUAGUGAUAUAUACACCUCUUUUUCAAUAAUAUUUUUUAAUAGGGAUAGGACACUUAGCAAUGUAGCAAUGUUUACUUUAAUUAUCAUGUUCUCUUCGAAGUAGAAUGUUGUAGGUGUUGCUAAUUGUUUAAAACGUUACCAAUGAAUAGAACCAGUGAAGCUAGUUAAUCUGUGAUAGUUUGUGUUAUAAAUGCAAUUUGUACUAAAAAAGAACUGACUGUGUUUUGCAUAGCUUUGGGCAAGGGUGAUUUCAAAGAGGCAAUGUACCAAUAAAUGUCAAGUUUAAUCGUAUUUGUACCGUAAACGAUAUUUGAACAAAAUGUAUGUGAUAUUGUAAGGAGGCUAUCAUUCUAAAAGUGUCGUAAAUACAUUUAAAUCAUUUUAAGAAAGUAGGAAAAAUAAAAGUACUAGUACGUCUUUGUAUUAGUACUUCAAUAAUACUAAAUUUAGUCAUAUAUCUUAGGAAGAUCAAAAUUAUAGUCUAUAGAUGAUGAUUCAUUAAUUUUCGUUUGGAUAUGCAUUCACUUAUUGCAUAUAAUACGCUGAGUAUUAAGUUGUCCGUUGUUUUUUAUGGUCUCGGUAAACUAAUGAGUAGUAGGUUGCCUAGUUUAACAGCUCUACCCUUAGUCAUUCGGUCCCUCUUUGAUCUUUAGGACACUGUACCACAAUAAGAAGAAAUGGUUUUUAAGUACUCCUUUCAUUUUUUGAAUGAUAUUGCUACAUUGUUUGUCCAGAUACAGCAUAGCUAAAAGUUUAAGGUGGAUAUUAAUCAUAUGAAAGGCAGCUACAAAUAUUGAGGUGAGACAGCAGCUACCAAACGUUAGUUUAUCCUCUUAGUUGUCACGAUCAAACGCAACAAGUGUUUCUUUCUCGUACUCCUAAUAUACUAUAUUCAUUUAAAUAAAAUUAAACAAUUCGACUGUUUAAAAUCUGAUAUUGAAAAAUUCUUGUAACUUUCAAAGGAAUACUCUAAAUAUUUAGAUUUUGUAGAUUUUUAGCGUGGUUACAGUAUAAAUUAUAGUAAACAUUCUCCUUAUUAUUGCGGUCUAAACUCAUAACUAUAAUUGAUUGUCAAUUAACAAUACAUUUACUUAUAUCACGAUCUAAUUAUUUUAAUAACAAUUACGUAACUUUAAAAAGUAAUGAAUUCUAAACCAUUAGUGUAGUUAUUCACAUAUGCAUCGUGUUUUUGAUGAAGAUGUAUUUAAAAAUUGUGAAAUUGGCACAUUUGGCAAUACCGCUUAGAAAAGAUCAGAUGUGUGUAUUUGGCCUUAAGUAGUAUUUAAAAUAUUAUACCUGUAAAAUCUUUCCUUUACAGGUUCUUCCUGUUUUUCCUCCUUACAUAAAUCAUAAUAAAGUUUGUACAUUAUUUUCAAAUUGUAAUUUUGAGGGAAUUUUAUUCCUAUUCCUCCUAUAGGGAACUUAUUUGUUCUGCUUGACACAUAAAAAUUUUCAUUGCAAUUUCUUAUAUACUAACCUCCCAGAUUAUAAAAACAUGACACCUCUUUGUUGAUACUGAAUUUAUAUCUGGUAUCUCGCAGUGAGUGGCAUAUUAGACGUAUUAGAGGUAAACAAUGAGUAAUUCACUAUCCAUGUAGAAGGAACAAGGGCAAAUGAAGAGAAAUUUUCUAUUAGCAUAGUUUUAGGUAGCUAUCAAUGGAGUUUAGUGGAAUUUCCAAAUACCAGCUAAUUCAUUGCAUUUGUCUUUAAUACAUCCAGAUUUGGUUUAUUCUUUUAAAUUAAUAAACCUUAACGAUUUGCAAGAAUUUUAUGGUCUUUACCUGCCACGGAGUGCAGGUAGGCCAGUGUGAUCAGUUUGAAAAUCUCUCCGGGUCUAUUUUAAAAUUCCUGGUUUUAUUGUGGCGAUGAGCUUGUACGAUCUACGAGCGCAUUUAUGCUAAUUGGUAAUAAGUUUACGUGUAACCCUGCUUUCGUAUUACCAGAUAAAUCUUCUAUCAGUGGUUUUGCAUUCCUAUUUUCUUCUUCCAGAUGAUCUGCUGGCCUUCAUUGGUUUUAUGGUCUUUGAGUGAGAUACCCAGCAUCUGUUGUUUCAUAGCUCUCUGAGUUUUUCUGAUCUUCUCCAUGUCUAUUUUAGUGAAUGUCCAGGUUUGAGCUUCAUUUGCAAGUACAGGUAAGAUACAAGAAUUAAACACUUUGGUUCACAGUCUUUGAGGUAUAUUUUUAUUUUUAAGUACGUAUGAGAGCUUUCUGAAUGCUGCCCAUCCCAUUUUUACACGUCUGCUUAUUUCGGUAGUCUGAUUUUCUUUGCGUACCUUGACAUUUUGACCCAGAUAUGUAUAUUCAUCUACGUGUUCUAUCUCUGUCCCUUGGAUGUUUAUCAUAGGUUUGUCAUCUUUGUUUGACAUUAGUUUAGUUUUGCUGAAAUUCAUUUUCAGUCCUUUUUUAGGGAUUCUGUGUGCAGCUCCUCAAUAAAAGCUAUUAAUACAGCAAUUUUGAAGGACUUUCUAGUAUAUUUGGCUUAUUGCCAACUAUUUAAACAGUUAGAGCAAACAGUAUAUUUUAACUUACCUUCAGUUUCUAAGUUAAGUUCAACUCUCUCUUUCUUUUAUAGCAUCUUCAAAGAAAACUAGUGUUCACUACCAACUUCCCUUAAAAACACUGUAGUUUAUAAUAAUGUAUUACUUUAACAACAAAAUAAAAUUAAAAUAUUGCUUUAGAGCAGCAAUACCAUUACCCAUCCAAAAUGAAAACAAACUCAUCUGAUAGCCGGACACAUAGUUGGCGUGUAGCUUAAGGAGUUUGCCGCUAGAAGGCAGGAUUUUUCGACUCAUCACUUAGAUCUAUUUACUCAACGGUACAGUUAUCUUAAUAUUAAAAAAAUCACUUAUACUCCUUUUACUUCUAGUGUCCGCAAAUAAUCUUUUAUGACUUUUUAAAAUAAGAUAUAUUUUGCUUUUAUUUUCUCAAAUAAUAUCUUUCAAACCAUACUUUUGUCAAUUAUUUUCAGCUGUAUUGUGUGUGAAAAUCAAAGAUUAAUUCUGUAAUUUAAGUCUCUAAAGCAUAUUAUAUGUCUUUAAGGCAUAUUUCCAAAAGCAGCAAUAAACUAUUUUAAACAGAAUGGCCCUCAAAAAGCAACUUAAAUAUUUGUACUUUUCAACAGUUUAUACACAGCCUACAUAUUGGCGAGGAAUUUGUAAUUUCCGUACUAAACACAGCAAGUAAAUUAACUUGUUUUCUUAUUUUUAAAAACAAUAAGGAAAAGCUUGAUUACUUUGUAGUUAUAAACACAGUAUUUUGGAUUUGAGAGACUUUGAGGGGUAUUCAUGUUUAUCAACAAACUAUUAUAUUAUGACACUUUUAUAAUGAUUGAGACGGAUAUUAAACGUGCUAAAAUCAUUGUAUUACAAUUAGUUUUUAUUUUGAUGAUAGUGGACAGCAAAUUGAUUUUUAAAUAUCAAAUAUUGUUGUUUUAAAAAUACCUUUUUGAUUCUAUUAAAUUGAGGUUUUUUACUUAAGCUUCUGCUCUCUUUUAUUUACUUUUAAGUUCUAAACAUUAUAGAUAUUGUUGAGAAUUGGACUUUUUUUGAAUAUUAUUCGAAUAUGCAAUAACAAUUUCGUUUGUAUAGAUAUUAAAGGAUUUUUCGAAAAAAUAAAAAAGGAUCUUUAAAAAUUUCAUUUUUAUUUUGAAUAAACUAGUCAAUAUGAUUUCACUUUUUCGAAAAAUUUUAAUAUAAAUGUUUUAUUUGCUUUUAUAACUUAUUGUAUUUAUCUUUGUUUAGUGUUUUAGUAUUUAUUUUGUAGGGGUAGUUUUCAGGAAUUGAAGUUAAUGGGAAAUAUUAGAAUCUGUUUUAAUUUUCCUUGUUAAUUUAUGCGUUUUUUUUUUGUAAAUAAAAUUUUUCAUUUUUUUAUUAGAACGCCCGCUUUGAAAAUGUGUAAAAGAUGUUUAGAUAUGAAGAUUUUUUUUACAUAUGAAAUCAAGCUUGUAAUUUUCUUUUUCUUUAUGAGGUAAAUUUGUAAAAGCUGCAGGUAUUUUUUACUCUAUUAAAAGUCACAAGAGAUGGGGAUUUUUGUCAAUGCAUUGACGAAAAAUGCAGAAUUUUGUAUAUUGUAGGCAAUUAAGUAUACUAUGUACGUUCUUAGCCGUUUCUUGUAUAUUAUGUGUUAUAUAAUAAUUGUCGAAAAUAAUUUUCGAAGCUUUAAAAUGAUUUAUAAUUUACCAGUCUAGUCAAUAUUCCGAAAAAUAAAAAGUUUCUGUACAUUUUGUGCAGUGUGGCGCAACAUAUUUUUGUACACGAACGUUUAGGUAUACAAAGAUUUGCGCUUGCGUCAAAAACUUUUUUUAUGACUAAAAUUAAAACUACAUGUUUUUUGUUUUUAGUUUUUGAUUUUAAAUCCAGAAAUCCUAAAAAAUUAAAAUUAUAAAGAUUGAUAUAACCUGUAGAAUAUGGUUUUUGUUAAUACAUGAAUGCAUUACCGGCAAACUGACUAAAAAAUAUUUUACAGGGUAUGUAAAUUUUUUUCAAAUUUUAUUUUUGAAAACCAUUCCCGGAUUGAAAAUCGAAAUUUCAAAACGAAAAAACAUUUAAUUUUAAUUACAAAUAUUGUGUUGUUUAUUAUUAUAUUUUAAAAUUACACGUUUUUAAAGCGUUUUGCGUGCUGUUUUUCUUUUACGACAGAAUGUUAUUAUUUAUAUUUGGUAUAUAUUCCUGAAACCUAUGCCGAAUUGAUAUAAAAUAUUUAUUUUACUCAUAAUCCAUUUAUAUCAAAAUCUAUUUAUCAACAUUCUCAUUAAAAUGUAGUGAUAGACUACUAAAAACUAUACAUAGUAGACAUUGUUGAAGUUUUAAAUAAUUUUAAUAAUAAUGUUGCAAUAUGUAUUUUAUUGUAUUUACUUUUAUUCAGUUUACUUUUUUCGAUAUUUCACUACAAAUUUUACAAUUGUUAAGUCACCCCUUUACCCCCUUUCUUAGGUUGAGGUUUGUGUGAAUUUGUUAGAGUUGUAUGUUGACUUUUGCGAUUUCAUAAAAAAUUUCCAG